AUGGGCAGCCAGGGGAGAGCGCCAGCCUCCGGCUGGGCCGGAGCAGAGACAGGCUCACGGCAGAUCCAGCUGCCCCAUUUCCACUUCAAGGUGAUGAAGAAGAAACGCAAACGCCAGGAGGAGAGGCUGGGCCCGGGGACGUACAACAUCAGGGGCUUCCUGCAGGAGACGCGGCCCUCCAGCCUCCGGGGCAUCUGCGACACACGGGAGCUGAGGUUCAGGGGUGACCGGCGGGACUGCUUCCCCGGCCCCGGCACCUAUGGCCCCCGGGGGAACCCCUACACCCUGCUGGAGGAGAGGGACAAGCGCUCCGCCAGCACGCGAGGGCUGAUGGACAGCAGGACGGAGAAGUGUGCCCUACCAUCAGCCAUGGGCAGCGGCCUGGGGCCCGGCACCUACUCCCUGCCCAGCAGCAUCGAGGAGGGGCUGCGGCGGGCAGGCGGCUGCAUCCCCUGCCAGGUCUCGGGGGACAAGGCGAAGCCCAGCGGUGGCCGGCGGCACGACUGGGAGCAGAGGAAAGGCGCCGAGCUGAGCACUGGCACUGCCAAGGGUUUCCUGGAUGAGCUGAUGUCGAAGGAAAACAAGAAGAAAGGAUGCUUCAGCACCCUGCCGAGGAACCCGGGCUGCCCCUCGGAGAGGAUCUUCUGGGCCACGCUCAGCCAGUGCCCGAGGGAUGCGUAUGCGGUGGGGCCCGGCUCGUACGAUCCCAAGCCCGUUGAGGGAUCAGCAGACUUCAACCAGCCCCCGUUCUGGUCAUCUGCCAAGAGGUUUGACAGAAAGUCCGACCGCCUCUUCAAUGGGAAUGAGCAGCAUCAGCAGCACGUUGAAGAGCCAAUGCAGCUACGAGCCCUUCCCUUAAAUCCUGUAGGCGUUGGCCGCUACGAUGUCACCAAGUGUGAAAACUACCCUCAGAAGCUCAGGUACCAGUCCCUGUACCUGCACAACGCUCAGCGGUACCUGAGCAACCUGAAGCAGGACGCCUACCUGCUUGAGCGGCUCAGGCCUGUUGCGAAAAACAAUUGGAGAGAUCUGAUUUCUGCUCCACGCUGCCCAGACAUUUGUGAAGAAAUCACUCCUGCUUUCCACAUGUAA